CACUCCGUGCCCGCGACCCGAACGCGUCGCACGUCCGCGUCCACUCUCAUCUCGGUCGAGUGCUGUGCAGUGCUUACUUUGACAUUCCGAGUGAUGCGAACACCGUCCGGGAACACUAUCUGAGCGAAAGGGUUGUGCAACGGGCGGAGGGCGGCGCGAAAUCGCGCUUGCGCCUGCCGGCACGAUAAGCCGCCACACCACAUACGCGUCCACACCGGCACGCGCGAUGGACGACAAGCCGACCGCCGGCGAGGAGCACUACAGCCUCCGCUGGAACAACCACCAGGCGCAUCUGUUACGCUCUUUCGAAGCCCUGCUCCACGCGGAGACGCUCGUGGAUGUCACUCUCGUCUGUGCCGAACGCCGCGUCCGCGCUCACAAAGUGCUACUCGGUGCGUGUAGCCCGCUGUUUCGUCGGAUAUUUAGCGAAAAUCCAUGCAAGCAUCCCGUGAUCGUUCUAAAGGACUUCCAAGGAUGGGAAGUGCAAGCGGUUGUGGAUUUCAUGUACCGCGGAGAGGUUUCAGUGGCGCAAGAACAGCUCGGAACUGUGAUACGCGCUGGAGAAUCGUUACAAGUGCGGGGUCUGGCUGACCAGGAUGUGUCUGAAGCGGUUGAAUCUGAAAGAUCGCCUGUUGCCAGCCCGCCGACAGGGCCAGCGGCCGUGUCACCACCGGCGAGCCCGCACAGUCCCCAGCCCCGCCGUAAACAGGCAAGGCCUCGACGUCGUUCAGGAGAAUCAGAUACGCCUGAAAACUUGUCUAUGCGGCGGUCACCCAGUGGCUUGAAAGCUGUUCGACUAUCGCGAGGAAGGUCUCCACACAAACAGGAGCCCGAGGAGCCAGAAACAGAAGCCCCACCGCCACCGAGAAUGUUCCCACCGCACCAGGACAUGUUCCCGCCAGUGCCGCCAGGAGUAUCAGCUCUGUCCCUGACACCUCCUCACAUGUUCGGUAUGGACUCCCCAUUGGGACUCUUUCCCCCCGGGAUGGAGCACAAGAUGUACCCCCUCAUGGACGUGGAUCACCGGCCGCCCCCUCUUGACGCUCAGCUCUUCACCAACGUCAAGAAGAAAUGUGGGUUACACUUAUAUCCUACUCAUAGGCGACCAAAGGGACAGCACAGUGCGCCGCGUGGCGGGCCACCUCGCUCCUGGACAAACGCUGAGCUUACAGAAGCCCUACAGCAUGUGUGGAAUAAGAAAAUGACGACGAGCCAGGCGUCACGGAUAUUUGGCAUCCCAUAUAAUUCUCUUCUUAUGUACGUUCGAGGAAAGUACGGGAAAAGUUUGAAAUUAGAACAGCUUAGAAAAGACUGCAUAGGCGGGCCUUUAGAGGUGUUAAAUUUAAAUUCGGGUAACAACAACAACAACCAUCCUUCAAGCAAACACAGCGUCAAAGAGGAACAGCAUCAGAACAUAGGCCAACGACCAGCGAGCUCCGAACCUGAUAUCUCCUCGAAUCCGAUGUUUAACCCCUUCCAACAGGGCUUUUACCCUGAAUUCCCACCAGGUUUCCCUAUGCCGCUGAACAUGCUCCACUUGUUACCGCCCAGUGAUAAAGCAAGAGAACUAUACCAGUCCAUGCCAAUGGCACUGGACUCUCUCUCUGGAGUUGCAAAGGAGGAGGAUUGUAAGAGCGACCGAUCAAAGGAAAACUCUGCUGAUGAGGAGGGCGAUACGUAUCGUGCUCCUUCACACCCUCCCCACCCCCCGGACAACCGCACCCUUCUUCAUCACAACGGACAGGACUAAACUUUAUCUGACUUAGUUAACUUUAGAUUUCGUACCUCUUCUAUUUUUCCAUAAUAUGGUUUUUUCUUUGUGAAUGUGACAGUUAAACUGAAAUUGUCUUCGUAUACCAGACGCUGAUUUGUUUUUCGUGCAAUAAUGUAUAAAGACCUAAAUUGGUCUAUACUUCUACAAUUUCAGUUUCACUCGGAGUAAUGAGGUCGCGAUCUCCAAAAUUAGUUAAAUUGAUAUUUAAAGAUGUGUUAAUAUUGUAAAUGUAUUUAAAUCGCGCAUAAGGGAUAGGCGAUAUUUAUUGAUCUGAGGUGUGCAAUAAGUAUGAAAGGCGUUGUGAUUGUUAUCGGCGGUCGAGUUGACGUGCUCUCUUUAUUGUUGACAUUCCAUUCUGACAUUCCAUUUUUAAUUAUUUUUAGAUAAUACUUCAUAUCACUGUAGAAUAUGAUUUUACUGUAUAUUUUAACGUAUUCUUGCCUGUAAAUUGUGUUAUCCCAAUGUAAAUAUUAUGUUAAAUGUGCGAGUUGACUCACACAUUUUCACCAAAGUUUGUAAAAUAUUUCGUAAUGGUAGGUAUUAUUCGAUAAACAAUUUUAACUGUAAAUAGUUACUAUAAAAUUAUUGGGAUAUUAAAAUUUAAUUAACCAUUAAAUAAGAUGACAUAUGUGUCUAAAAUGGUAAAUAGUAGUUUAUUUGUAAUUGUUGUAGUAUUAGUGAAUGAAAUCGGUGAAUUGCUAGGCUAUCGUGCGUGAGCGCACGUUCGGAGGCUGCGACGCACUGCUCACACACUCAACCAUAAAAUUGGAAAAUCAAAAUCAGUUCAAUUCAAUGUGAUCCCACAAAUUAUAGGUUAUGUCAUGACGAGUUGCCGAGGCGCAUAAUCUGUGAACCGCAGCGUAUAGCGAUGUCAUGUUAACGUAGCGAGCUUUGAGCUCGAUACCGAUGCGGAAAUCGUGAUCCCAAAGCUGAGAUGUGCCCGCAACUAUUCGGGUGGUCCUUGCGUCGUGACGUAAGCAACUUUAUGAUUACAGAUUAAAAAUACAAAGAGUUGAUUAUCAAUAAUAAGAUGACGACAGUGCGCGCCUGGUCUAGACAAAUAAUGUAUCUGCACUCAAUGUUCAAAUAAAAAGGAGCUUUCGAGAUUUUAGUGAAUAAUGAAAGUUUAGAUUAAAGGUCGAAACCCUUCUGGCUUUAGAUAAUUGUAUACAAUCAUUUCGUAUUGAAUAUACAGUGAUUUAUCACACCCUAACAUACGUUUCCUGAGUUUUCUCAUCCAUCACUUCAUGUUUUAAGUAAUAUAGAUAUCCAAAACUGCAAAUCUCUUUAACAGAAGACUGAACAAUAUUUUUGACUCUAUUUUGUAUGUCUGUAUAUUUCACAAAUUCACAGAUACCAACAGCAGUGAGCACAUAGUAUACAGUGGUUCGUCAUUAAACAAUAUAUCAUUACAGGGAUUUUAUAUAUAACGUUAUUAGUAUGUCCUUAUAGUUUAAUGACUUGCUUUUAAAAUUUGUUUAUUACAUUCAUGUAUUUAUAUUCAUGUUUCGAAUUCAUAACUUUGACUUGCGAAUCGAAGGGCAUAUUGACACAGUUCCGUUCGCAUUUUCGUGUGUCCACAUCGCAGAUAUAUCUAUAGAUUUCUAUAGUGAUGUGCCAAAAUAUAGUGCUUUUUAUACUUCACUUCCUUCCUUUUGUGAUUCGUUAUUUUUUUAAUUAUAAUUCGUACAAAUUCAGCAGUAUUAGAGUGAUUUUGUUAAAGUUUUAAUUGAGAUAUUUUAAUUAAGUUUUGUUAUUUGUUACGAGCGACGAUAAUAAUUAUAUUUAGUGUAAAUCAUGAAUCUCAUUUGUUGCUUGACUGUUACGUUAGGUCCUGUGACUUCUUCACUUUUCCUACAAAUGUUGAAUUUGCAGUUUUUUUUUCAUGUAGUUUUAUCAGCACCUUCAAAUUUUCUGAGCCAAAUUAAGGACGUAAUUUAAAUAGA